UACAGCACAACGCGAUGCUCUGCCGCACGGAGCUCGUGUCCCUUUAAGGCGGCUGCGGAACUACGCGGCCCAUCGCGGCCAUGGCGGGGCGGCUGAAGCCGUGCGUGGUGCGGCGGGGAGACGGCAGCGAGCAGCACGGGCUGGCAGCGUCCUGCCUGCGGGAGCUGCGCGAUAAGGCUGGACGAGCUCUGGGUAUCGGCGAGGACGGGCGGCCCGUCACCUUGGUGCUGGCGGAGGAUGGAACCAUCGUGGACGACGAGGAUUAUUUCAUGUGCCUGCCCGCAAACACCGCCUUCGUGGCGCUGGGCAAAGGAGAGAGGUGGUGCGGGACGAGCGCAGGCGGCAGAUCGGGCUGGCUAUCACAGCCUGCGGAUGAAGUGGACAGCGGGGCAGAGAGGUGGAGGCAGCUGGCACGGCAGCUGAAGGGAGACCUGUCCAACAUCAUCCUGAUGUCUGAAGGAGACCUGCAGGUGCUGAUUGACAUACCACGUUCAGAUCUGGCAGAGGAACUUGCCCAAAGUCAAACCAAAACCCAGGUACUGCAGGACACCCUGCAGCAGGUGCUGGACAGACGAGAAGAGGAACGUCAGUCAAAGCAGCUCCUGGAACUCUACUUAGAGGCCUUGAAAAAUGAAGACAGCGUCUUAAGCAAAGUAGCAGAGUCUGAGAGCGUACCAAGAAAGGAGAUGGAUGUGGUCGACACAGGUACCAGCAGUGCAGGGACUUCAGCCACAACAGCCCUCAGUGUCCAGAUCUGUGCUGUUCUGAAAGAGAAACCUGCCCCAGAGCUCUGCUUAGACAGUCAGACUCUAGAGCUGGUGGUGAAGGAAGACACUCAAGCCCUGGCUGCAGCUUUAAGCUGGGACAAGCAGAAAGCCGAAGCUGUACAACAAGCUUGUGAUCAGGAGCUCUCCAAGCGUCUACAGCAAGUGCAGACUUUGCACUCCCUGAGGAGCACAUCGAGGGGCAAGAAAGCGCUGCCCUGUGGAGAUGGGCUCAGUUCAAAACGCAGGAAAUAAGACUAUAGCUCUGCCUCAAGUGUCAGGGAAAUGCAAGUAGUUGUGGGUUGCAUUUUUUGUGGUUGUUUUUUUAAUUAGAACCAACAGAAAUAAGGUAUGUCCUGGGAGCCAUAGUUUGCUGGUCAUACUGUGGUCUGGCUGCAGAAAACUAAGAUUUGGACAUUGUCCUGAGGCAUAAAUACUUGUGCUGAUUCAAAUCAUGUGUAACCAAAGGGAUGUGGACUUUUUGCAGAGUACUAGAACAAUGGUAUUGCUAAACACAGCGUGUAAGAGUUCAGCUCUGAAUAGCUCAUUGGGAGCCAGAAAAUUCCAUCUGAUGGUGCUGAUCUGGCUGUGAAGCCUUGGACAGUUUGUUCACCUUCCCACCAUCUACAGCAGAAAGGAUGAAAAUUACCUACAUCGUUAAUGAACAGGAAUCAGGCAUUUUGAUCAUUGCUCACUGAACAGUUUUUAGGGGGGGGUUGAGGGAUUUAUUGUGAUAUUAUCAUUGUGCCAUUUUUUCAGCCGCUUCCUUUCAUCUCCAGCCUGGUAUGUAGGCACUUGGAAUUCUCAUGCUAAUCCUACCAGUUAAAGUAAAAUCAAAACCUCUUCUGUGUUUUUGUUGUGGUUAUGGGUUGGUUGUUUUGGUUUUUUUUUAUGUAAAAAACUCCUGCAUCUUUCAGUGUAGUGCAAGCACUAAUUUGUACAACAACAAAAGUGGAAAGGCUUGCUCUGAAUGGCUGUGGGGCAGAAGACUUGCAUUUGUCCUGUGUGCAUUCUAAUAUUGGUAUAUCAUCAUGACACCUCUGUAUUAACCUGCUUAUGUUUAAAUUGAAUGAAUUCUUAUGUCUUUAAAACUUUUUUACUAAAAUGUGGAAUUAAUUUUGACGUGGCUGCUGUGAUUAAAGAAUGUGCCAGUAAAUACAGUAUUAUGUUAAGGACUGAGGAAGAACUUAACAGGAUUAUUCCCUAUUUUACUCAUUUUAAAAUGUUGUUGGUUUAGGGUGCAUUUACACCAGCGUGAACAUUGCACCAGAGCUCUUGUGGGAGAUGGACAUGAAGUAAUCAGAAAGGCAAGAUAAAGCCUAACGUUUUUGUA